UUUGUCAACACUGGGCGUCUCCAAACAUUGCUCAUCUUGAAGAACAAGUUGACUGAGUGGAUCACAGACACUGGAGCAGAUCACUGGCACCGGAGCAAAGAGCAACUACAGCACUGAGCUGAGGGAGCAGAGAGCAGGACAGCCAACAUGAACAGAUGUCUGAUCAAGAAGGAGGAGGUGCUGGGCUUCAUUGAGAAGUGCAUGACGACGGUGGGCACAAAGCCCCUUCACGCCCGCAGCCUGGCUGAAGUGCUGGUGGAGGGAGACCACAGGGGACACUACAGCCAUGGACUCAACAGGAUGGACAUGUAUGUAAAGGACAUUCAGUCAGGAAUCUGUGCCAAAGACGGUGAGCCUAUGGUGAAGAAGGAGAGUGCAGCCACGGCUCUGGUAGAUGGGAAGAACCUCCUGGGUCCUGUGGUGGGAAACUUCUGCAUGAAUCUAGCCAUAAAGAAGGCCAAGGAGGUCGGCAUCGGCUGGGUGGUGGCAUAUGGUUCUAACCAUUUUGGUAUUGCUGGAUACUACGCAAUGCAAGCUCUGAAGGAAAACAUGAUCGGCAUGUCCUUCACCAACACGUCCCCUCUGGUGGUUCCUACACGUGGUACAGAGUGCUCUCUGGGCACCAACCCCAUCAGCGUGGCCGCUCCCGCUAACAACGGAGACAGCUUUGUACUGGACAUGGCCACGUCUGCAGUUGCACUCGGAAAGGUGGAGCUCUAUGAUCGCCGUAAAGACCCCAUACCUGAAGGCUGGGGCUGUGAUGCUACAGGGAAGCUGAGCACUGAUCCAAAGAAAGUCCUAAAUGGAGGAGGACUGGUGCCCAUCGGAGGCAGUGAAGAGACAGGAGGAUACAAAGGCUACGGUCUGGGGAUGAUGGUGGAGGUGUUCUGUGGUAUCUUGGCUGGGGCGAAGUACAGUAAAAAUGUUCGCACGUGGAAAGUAACAGACAGUGUUGCUGACCUGGGUCAGUGUUUUGUGGCGAUAAACCCUGCAAACUUUGCGCCAGGGUUCACUGACAGGAUGUCUGACCUGAUGUCCAUCCAAAGAAGGAUGAAGCCUGCUGAUCCUGACGCUCCUGUUUUAGUGGCUGGAGAUCCAGAGAGGACCGCCAUGGAGAAAUGUGACGUGGCGGGCGGGAUCCCCUAUCACAUCAAUGUCGUCAACUACAUGAAUGAAUGUGCGAAGAGAAUCGGCGUAAGUGAGCUGCUGCCAAAUGACAACCUCAUCUCUGAUUAGAGCGAGCGCACAGGGACAGAACCACCUCUGAUUUUUACCCAUAUACAUGCACACUAUGUCUUCCUACAUGUUUCACGAGUUUAAACCUAAAGAUUUAAUUAAAAUGAACUCGAAAUUAAGAUUUAUUUUAAAAAAUGUAAAGCCUGUUCCUUUUUAUGGGACCUUUCCAGAUCUUUUUAUAUGAUCAUUUUGUGUCUCAGCGUGCUCCAACCAAGUUUUUUUAAAUAAACCUCUCUGAUAGAGAAUAUGCACGUACAGCCAAAGGCUGUUGAAUUGGAAUGUGAAUGAGUUAAAGUCUGUUUUUGCUGAUGUAAAAUAAGAUCAUGUUUAAAAGCCCAAUGUAUACCUGCACAAUACUUUUUUAGUUUUUUCUGCUUACAGGCAUUUUAAAUUGACGAUGAGAAAUUUUUUUUGGCCUUCAUUGAGUUUAAAUUGUCUUUAUACUUUAUAAGGCACUCCCUUUUAACCAUGUUGUUCAAUAAAAACCUUAAAAACCUAA